ACUGGGUCGAAUUGGUAAACAAUCAAGCGGUGAUCAAGAAAUGUCACAGAUUACUCGCGAUCUGUUUGAUAGUGUGGAGAGAGAAAACGAUCUCACUGAACAGUUAAAAUUUACUGAAGAAGAGACGAAGAUGAUGAGAAAGAAAUUACACGAGUUGGAGGAGGAAAAUGAGAGAUUAAACGUCCAGUUAAAGAAACUAUCGAAAGGUUCAUCGAAAGGUUCAUCGAAAGCCAGUAAAAAAGAAAGUUCUGAUAAACCUAAAAUCAUCGUUACUGAUCCCAAUGAUAGUGAUUCUAGUAUGACAGAUGAUACUGACACAGAGGACGAAUUAAAUAUCGUAGAAGUCAAACUACAACUUAGUUUACUGGAACAGGAACUGUCCGUGUCACAUCGUAAAAUCACCGACGUGGAACAGAUCAAUGAAAACUUACAAACCCAGAUUAAGGUUUUAAAUGAACAACUCGCCCACAGGGAACAAUUGCUGAGCGUUGUUCCGACUCCACCCAGUCCUAAUUCGUACUAUCUUGACAAGAUCAAAGAAAUGACAAUCGAAUGCGACGAUCUAAGGUGGAAGAUCAUAGAAAAAGAUCGCGCGAUUGAAAGAUUGAGCACCCAAGCUCAAGCGAAAGCUCGUGAAGGGAAGUUAAAGAAAGCGCGAUCUUUAGACAGCGAACCUCACAUUGCGCAGAUCGCUGAUCUACGUAGACAAAUUGAUAUAGUCUCGCACGAGGCGGAAUUAUUCAAAGAUCGUCUGGCGAGUUCUAGUGCAGAAGCGGAGAAGUUGGCAGAAGAGAACGCGCGUCUUAGAUUACUUCAGCGCGUGCCAUCAAUCCAAGCAGACGAUGCUGCUAUUGAGAACAUAGAAUUGCGAGAUAAGGGUAAACGCUUAGAGGACGAAAACAAGAAUUUACAGGAAAAAAUCAAAGUUCUGACGGAUAAUUUACAAACUUUGACGCGGACUCCUCGUUCCCCGACAACAGAAAAUCCUCCUUCGCCAUCAAUAGCAGACGGCAUCUAUGGGUCACGUGACCUCCAGAAACAACUUGAACGAAUUUUGGAAGAAAACAAAAGUUUACGUGAAAAAAUGGCAGACUUAAAACAACAACAAAGUACGGCUCAGGUGGACUCGAGCUCGAAAACUAAGGAUGAUUCUGCUAUGGAUAAAACUGUCGCCGCCGAUACAACGGCGGCAUCGGAUUCUAGAGAUCACUUAAUGGAGACUAUCCUCGACCUUGAAGACGAGAUCGAUAGCAUCAAGAGCAAGCUACGUGACAAAGAAAGUGAGAACAUACGUCUAGAGGUCCAAGUGACGUCAUUGCAGGAGGAGAUUGAAGAACUAAAAGACGAGAGUCAGAAUACAGAACUAGAACUCAUGCGGGAACUGGAGAUGAUACAUGAUAAAAAUUCUGUAUUAACUAAUUUAUUGGAUAUUGUUAAUGAACGAGCUGAAACAGCCGAGAAAGAACUAGAACAACAAUAUCAACAUCAUUCAUCACCUUCAGAACGAAGUGCUAGUGCCGUUAGUGCUUUAAGUGGUGCCAGUGUCGGCAGUGAUGACGUCUUCCUCGUACCACCUUCGUUACCAUCACUAGGGGGAGAUAAAUCUAUGGUUGUCAACAGGGACUGGGAGGGCCAGUUUAAGAAGAGGAUCUCGUCACUAGAGCGCCUUUUAGCUGAAGAGCGUCAGAAAGUUCAUACAGUGGAGAAGAAAUUGCGUCUGGCUGAUCCCGACACGCAUACGUCUGGUAUGUCCGAUGACGUCAAACUACAUCUACGUGAAAAGGAAUUAUUACAGGAUGAGUUAUUAGACCAUCAGAAAAACAUGCGCAUAGCUACAGAUCAGAUAAAAGGAUUCAAGGAGAGGUUAAAUAUAAUGGAAGAAGAAAAUCUGAGACUAAGAAUGGACUAUGGGAAACUCUGUGACGAGUUGGAACAGAAAAUGUCCGAACAUGAAAAAACACCGGAAAACGAACUGGAAGUCUCUUCAGCUAAGUCACUCUCUGCUUCACCAGGACCCAGACCACGGUCUCCAAUUGCUGACACAGCUGAUAUUGGUAGAUUAAAGGAACAGUGUGCUAAAUUCAAACUGAAAGCCGAGGAGUUGGAAUACAAAGUCGAAGAGCUGAACGAGAUAUGGAGAUCAAAGAGUGCUGUUCUGGAACAGAGUAAAAAAGACCUAGAGAAUGAGAUUACAUCCCAGGGAACAGAGAUGGCGGUGGUGAAACAGACCCUUGAAACGUUGAAGAAAGAUUUAUGUGACAAAGAGAAGAAAAUAACGGAACAAGAGGCAGAGAUUUCAGAGAAGAAUUCGGCUUUAAACAGACGUGAAGAUUUCUUACACGAACAGGAUGACGUCAUACGACAGAGAGAUACCGAUUUCCAGACUCUGCUGAACCAGGUGUCGCAACGUGAAGAGACCAUUAGAAAUUUGAGGGAGAACGUCCGAACUCGUGACGAAAGGCUCAAGGAGAAAGAUGGAUACAUCGAAAAGCUUAACAAAAAUCUGGAGGAAAGGCAAAAAGAAACGGUCAUUCUCCAGGACGAAAUCAAAGAUACAAUGGCGAGUGUGAAGGAAAAAGAAGUAAUCAUAGCUAUUCUGCAACAGCAGAUCUCCGAAUCUUGUGUCCGAGAUACUGGAUCGGAGACGGAUAUCGAAAAGGAGAACGCAAGACUAAAGCAGACGCUUCGGUCUUCGCAGGGUGAGCUUCAAAAAGCCAGGGAUGAAAAAGACCGGCUUCAGGGCGAACUGGAGAAAUCCAGAAAGGCUUUGAAUGAAGCAAUGCUGCUGUGGGAAAAGAAUCGUUCAGGGCUGCAAACCGAUCUGAAUAUCCUGAUGGAGAAGCUGCGUCUUUAUGAGAUCAACACGACGAUGGACAGGAAUGAUAUCAUAUUAAACCUAAAAGCUGAUACAGAGAGAUAUUACAAAGAGAAGGAGAAGCUGGCCUGUGAGGUACAUAAUAUACGUACAGAACAUGAUGUUGAUACCCGUGGUCUGAAGGAACAGGUGGUGGGCCUUCAGAUGGAGCUAACAGAGAAAUGCCAGCAGCUUAAAGAGGAAGUGGAGAUUGGUACCAGGCUACAACAAGAGGUCGACCGACUCACUGCACAGGCUGAGAUGGCUUAUAGGUUACAGCAGGAGGAGAAGAUACUGAGAGCUGAAUAUCUAGCCAUGAAGGUUCGGUAUGAGACCAGAAUAGACAAGAUGUCUAGAGAUUACAGUCGGGCUCUAGUUACAGUUGAAAAUCUGGAGAAAGAGAGGGAAUUAGAUAAAGAGAUAAUCAAGGCUGCCCAGAAAGGAAUGUUGCAGUUGAAAGAUUCCUACACACAGGACCUGAUCAAGUGGGAAGACGAAAAGCAGAGAUUGGAAAAACAUGGAAAAGAGAUCGAAGAUUCCCGUGAAUUAGCUCGUGAAAUGAAGAGAAAGAUCCAGGAAUUCAAAGAGAAGGUGAUGGAACAGGAUAAUUUAAGAUCCGAGUUAAUCAACAGAUGUGCUACGGAAAGAGCUAGUGGUGAAAUAGAGCGAGCUAACUUACAGAGUAAAAUAAACCAGUUGCAGGAACAGUUAACUUUGACAACACAAGUCCAAAGUAAAGUUCGAGAUAAACAGAGCUCGAUGGAAACAACUUGGGAGAAAGAAAGGUCUGAACAGAAACGAUUGCUAUCAGAAGCUCACAGCCUCGCUCUCGAUCUACAACAGCAGAUUAAAGCACGUGAUGCGGAAUUCUCAACUAAUAGACGAGAUUUAAUGAAACAAGCAGACCUGGAAAGACAAAAUUAUGAACGUGAAAGAAAAGUAAAGGAAAAGGCCCUUGCUGAUUUGGAGGUUCUAGGAAAGAAGUUUGUAGCUUUGCAACAGAGAUUUAAAGAAUUACAGGAGAGAUCAGAACGAGACCAGGAGAUCUGGCUGAGGGAGAAGAACGAUCUGAGAAAAAGAAUUAUGGAAACCAAACUGGCCCAUACUCGCGACACCAAACGCAUCGAUGAUAUACUUAGUAGCUUGAUCAAACUUAGAGAAAUUGGCGCCCUAAUUGCGGCAGAUGAACAGGAAACGUCGUCAUCCAAAGGCAACCAAUCACGUGAUCUUCAUCAGAAUAUACUGAAGUACAUUAAAGAGUCUGUAGCUGAGAUAACUUUCGCUGCUGAUCAGUUGGCUAAUGAAACCAGUUCAACUGGUGAAGAUAAAAAUAAAUUUCGAAGGAGUUUGUCUAGUACUGAAUUGAGCCUUCUGAAGGAGCAGCUUUCGGCUGAGAAGAGCGAAUCAUCCAGCAAUCCGAAUGCAUUGGCUGUUCAAAGGAGUAUUCAAAGGAGUAUCACGUACGAUAGUUCAGUGCCAUUAACAUCCGCCACCAUCCUACCACCUCCUCCUUCACCACGGCUCUCAGAUAGACCUCCAAGCUAUUCUUCUGGAUCUCGUAGUGCCCAAUCUUCUCGAGCUGUAACCCCAGAUUCUCUUGACCGGGGUUCGUUUUCCCAUCUCCAGUCAUCGCCCUUCCAACAGCCGUCCAGUUUAACCAUUCCAUCUACCAGACUGUCCAGGUCUACAGAUAUUAUAGAUGAUGCAUCCAGUAGAAACAAUAGUCGUCCUAAGACCCUUAUAAAAAGUGUGUCUAUGGAUACUCCAUCCAGUAGUGCAAUGCCCGGAACAGUUCCCAGUAACAAAUCCGUCUCUGUUACGACCACGCCAACCUUUCCGACAUCCGAAUCUUUUACGUCUGGCUACAACGACCGAUCCAAAAGUGAUGACACCAUAUUAGCACCUGCUCCAUCAAACUUUAACAGACUCACUCCUCGGUCAGCACGUAAGAAAUUCUUUGAGCAACAGUCACCUGCUUCGCCAGGGUUUGGAUACCUGUCUUGGCCGGAUAGAAAAACUGCCCAUCAUCAGCACCAAUCAAGUCUUCCAGUAACACAGCGUCAAAUGUCUGAAAUCGCACAACCAACAACUUUUUCUGCACCAGCCAUGAGAACAUCGGCAUCUAUGGACGAGAAGAUGCAUUAUCAAAUGAAUAUACCCAGCGAGGAAUCAUUGCUAAAACCAAAGACUCUUCCCGAUGAACGUGAACGAGGUACUUCACCAGGACCCAAAACAGCAAAAGAAAAGAGGAAAUUCUUUAAGAAAUCUAGUAGUUUGGAUUCAACUGUUGGCUCGUCUAUACUAAAGAUUGGGAUGCAAGUGAUUCCACCUGCAGCACCAACAGGCUUCGCGCCCAUAGACAUAUUCUCUACAAUAAAGGGAAAAUUAAAAGGCAAGAAAUCCAAAGAAUCUUUGAAGACAACCGAUCCUGGCCUAUUAGAUGCAUCUAUAAGUCGCAGCGAGUCAACUGGUGAUAUAGAUAAACCACCCACAGCAUUCCAGAAAGAGUCUUCGCCCCGUCCCCCUUCCACACCAACCACACCACAGACAGCUUCCAAAAACACCACAGACGACGAAAGAGCGUCAGCCGCUGAACGUGAUUCGCGGUCUGCAGCGCCUCCUGGUGUAGAUGCUAAACGGUGGAGGUCGAAGUCCGCUGAAAGACCUCAGCGUGUAGCCAAACCUAUCAUGGUUCACUCUGACGUCAUCACCCCCAUGCAAGUGUGGCAGUUCAGUGAAACGGCUGUAUAAAUCUUUCAAUAUCCAUCAAGCCAGGACUCGAAACCCAAUGACUGGUUUAAGCCGAAUUGUUUACCUCCCUUGAUUCUAUAAAUAACAGGACCAUUGAACUUCAAUGAUGUUAAUUUAAGUUUUAAAUAGAAGCGUAUUGCCGGGGGACUACGCGAUUCCGUCCAUUUACUAGGUUGUGUAUAUCUUUCCUGUCACUUUAAUCCUGUGUAAACUAAGGUCUGUAUGCAUUUCCCCUGGAAGAGGUUGCAUUCCCCAGUAGCAUCCGCCCUUUGAAUCAGUAGUGUGGCCCAGUUUGAAGUACUCGUCAGUAAUAUUUUGAGUUCUGGCUGGGAUCGAGUGUGAGAUUAAAGACGGGGCCCAGGGCCAUGAACAGUUUGUUUACUCAACUUUACACACAUCCAAAACGACGGUUACUGUUGCUUGUGAAAUAUGGAAUUCAAAAUCGUGUUAAUUCAUUAUGACACAAAUAUUAUCUACCUUCGAUCGUUUGAUUUUGCCUUCUAAAUUAAAUGGUAAAUAAUACAACAGAGUACAUUUAGGAUGGAAUAAACAGUGAAAAAUUUGAUAUUUUCCGAAAAUUUCAAAUGCCGGUCAGCGACGUUAAGUUAUAAGUGAGUUAAAAGUUUGAGUAAGUCUAAAGUUGAGUAAAAACUGUUUUCCCCAGUCGUGAAAUAUCGUGUUAAGUAUUUAUGUAGAUAUGUACAUGUGUAUUUAUUGAAGUGUGAUAAGUAGUUAGUGUAUAUAUAUGUAUAUUCAUAUACUAGUAUGUGUGUAUGGAGGCGUGAAUAGAACAUUUUGUUUGCAUUACAAUAUUUAAUGUCAGAAUUGUCAGAUUUAUUUGAAUAUAAUGAUUUCAUACCGCGGAUGUUAUAUUCGGCAAUAUAACUAUUUCGCUAUAUCCUUUCUUACUUGGAGAUAGGGGGCUGGGUUGAGGUCUUUUGUCAAGGGUUAUCUACCUUUCGCUCGAGUCUCCGUCUUCGUCUCGUUGCUCUACAACCAUGCACACAGGAGCAUUUAUGGCAAAGACUUUGACAGGAAUAGAGAGAGAAACCCAUAUUCCAUGUCUGUUAGCAACAUUCGGAGUAUAAUCGCCGUCUUUUUCUCUUCGUCUUCUUCUGUCCUUGCAGACAUUACGUUUUUAACCGUAAUCAACCGUUCAUGACCGGAAUGAACCGUUCAGGACUGUAAUUUGACGUUUCUCCUGGAAACCACGGGGUUGUUCUGAACCUAGUCUUGUGUUUUACUUGUUUUAUUAUUGAAAGAUAUUUUAUUGUAUACUUAUAUCAAUAUUAGUUUUGAAGUAAUUUCGGUAUGAUGCGCGCUAUUUAUUAUAAUUUUGAAGUAAAAUCGGUAUGAUACUUUCUAUUUAUUAUAAUUUUGAAUUUUUUCGGUAUGAUGCGUUCUAUUCAUUAUAAUUUUGAAGUAACAUCAGUAUGAUACUUUCUAUUCAUUAUAAUUUUGAAGUAUUUAAGUAUGAUACUUUCUAUUCAUGAUAAUUUGGAAGUAUUUCGGUAUGAUGCGUUCUAUUCAUUAUAAUUUUGAAGUAAUAUCGGUAUGAUGCGUUCUAUUCAUUAUAAUUUGGAAGUAAUAUCGGUAUAAUAAUUUCUAUUUAUUAUAAUUUUGAAGUAUUUCGGUAUAAUAGAUUCUAUUUAUUAUAAUUUUGAAGUAUUUCGGUAUGAUGCUAUCUAUUCAUUAUAAUUUUGAAGUAUUUCGGUAUGAUAGUUUCUAUUUAUUAUAAUUUUGAAGUAUUUAGGUAUGAUACUUUCUAUUUAUUAUAAUGUUGAAGAAAUUUGGGUAUGAUACUUUCUAUUGAUUAUAAUUUUGAAGUAUUUUGGUAUGAUACGUUCUAUUCAUUAUAAUUUUGAAGUGUUUCCGGUAUAAUAUUCUCUCUCCUGCCCAUUACAAUAGUUAUAUAUUUACAUAAUCAGUGUACAUAAUGUAAAGCUUGAGGUGUUAAAAUUUGUAGGAAUGAUGUGAUAUAUUUAUCUUACAGAUCACCCAGAUGUAUUAUAUUUAUUUAUAGUAGAUGUUUGUUAAUAGUUACGACCCCAUCUGCUAUGGGUUUAAUCGUUUGCUGUAUUCGUAUAUACGGUAGUUACGAGUACAUGUCGUAUUUACGAUAAUGACCCGUAAAUUGGCAUGUAUUUGAAUCAUGUCGUAUAUACGGUAGUUACGAGUUAAAAUCCUAAAUGCCUCUCAUAGAUUAGUACAUGUCAUGUUUACGGUAAUUACCCGUAAAUUGACAUAAAAUUUACGGUAAUGACCUGUAAAUUGUCAUAUUUACGGUAAUUACGAGUUUUCAGCUUGAAAAUAUUACUCUAGUCAAAUGGCAUUUACCGUAAUUACGACUUUUCGAAUUGAAAACUGAGAAAAUUACACGUAUCUUGUAUGUGCGGUUAAUACUAGUUUAAAUUUGAAAAUAAUACUCGUUACAUGGAAUUACCGUAAAUAUGUCGUUUUUACCGUUAUUGCUAGCUUAAAUUGGAAAAUAAUACCUGUAUUUACGGUAAUCACCCUUAACAUAUGGUACUUACGGUAAAUAUGAGUUGUUGACACAUUUUAAAAUUGUUAAUUUUACUCAAUAGAUAUUUUGACAAUUGUCUUUUGCAAUUAACGAAUAUGUAAUUACAUAAUACGCAAUUACCGUAAAUGCCGUCACAUCCAAUCGUUUCCCAAGCAAAUAUGAAAUAAGGAGAGCACAGCUUUCAUAACAGAAUACUACCUUUAGUUGUGUUAUUUAUUUGUCUGAAUGUUGUGAGUGAUAUGGCGUGCAAUGAUAUAUACAUAUUAUUUACUUCUUAAUUCAUUUUAUAUAAUGACAGUCAGUUUAUGGUUGCGAUAUGUAUUUUGUUAUUUGUAUAUUUUACCAAGCCACUAAUAUGUUUUAGUAGUAUGUAUUUAGUCAUCUUCCAGUAUAUUUUAGCAGUUUACCGCCGUGUUUUGUUAUUCUAGUUUUAGCAUUGUCAGUGGCUUUUGUUAUUCUAGUUCCAAUGGGUCUAAUGUUUACAAAUCAAUUGUAUAUUUUGUCAUCCCUGAUUCAGUGUGUUUUAUGUUUCUUAUAAGAUACUUCGUUUUACUAAUCAUAUUAUUUUGUUAUUCAUAUUUCGAUAUGUUUUACAUUUGUGUUAUGUUGACCAAUAGAUUGUAUUUAGUUAUCCUAUUUCGUUGUGUUCCGAAUGAAUGAACUCAAAUUUAUUAGUUUAUUAGAGUUGGGAAGUAUUAAUUUUUUUUGUAAGAAAUGCUCACCAAAGUAUGCGAGUCCAAAGAGAAGACACCAUCACUAUUUUGACUGUUCCUACUUGGGAAUUUUAUACUUUGAUUUACAACAAUCUGCACCUUCUGGAACAUGUUAUACCACUUUAUCGAUUUCUUUGAGAAGUUGAGAUGGUAGCUAACACUUUUUAUGGUGCCUUGGUAAGUUAUUCGUUUUUUUAAAAAAAUAUAAGUGCUUGUUAUUUAUUUAGGUUAGUGAAAACAGUGAUAAUAAUACUAGUACGACUAAUAAUACUAUACCCAAUUACAAGUAUUUAUUUAUUUAUAUAUUUAUUUAUUUAUCUAUUUAUUAAACAUAAAUCUAUUAAGUGUUACUGCGAGACUGCCAUCAUAUGCUUCAGCUUAUUCAACAGUUGGGGGAUGGGUGGCCCAAUGGUUUAACGCGUGCACGUUGGAUCAUAAGGUCGGUCAUUGAGUCAAGUGGCGUGGUAGGGUCGCCUGGCCAACAUCGUGGAUGCAUCAUAUGUUAGUCCCGAAAUGGCCUAGUUUGUGUUGAGUGGACGUUAAACUCCAUUUCUCUCUUCGUAUAUAUUCAACAAUCGAGGAAUGAAAUGAAAUGGGGGUUAAACGUCCUACUUUUCUGGACCGACUGAGCUAUAAUGAAGACGGUCAGACGACAUGCAGUGUGCUAGGAGGGAAAUUGUGUCCGGGCAUUCAAACUGUCAAUGUGUACACAUGAUCUCGGCUUUUCGUGCCAUUCGAACGACAAGAGGGAAGCCGCCGAAAAGACCGGAUGAAAUAUCUCGGCCCAAACCAGAAUCGAACAGGGGCCCUCCAGCUUUUGUUGGGACUGUUUAUACUUGUUCUUGUACGUGAAAGCCAAUGUGUACACAUGAUCUCGGCUUUUCGUCCAAUUCGAACGACAAGAGGGAACCGCGCUGAAAAAAAACGGAUGAAAUUUCUCGACCCAAACCAGAAUCGAACACGGAACCUCAAGCUUUUAUUGGGACUCCCCGUUUUAUUUAGAAGACUUUUUAUACUUGAUGACCUUUAUAUGCACGUCUAUCUUAUUUUGUGAAAAUUAUAAAAUGAAGUACAGUAAUGGAAUAUUGAUUAUAUUAUGUGAUUAUAUUUACGCCCAAAUAAUUCAGCUAUCCGUGUAUUUAAUUUACAUUAGAAACUUAUUUUAUAUUGUUUAAUAGUUUUUGCUAAACCAUCUUUUGGCUAAAUUUAAUCAGCUUUACUUUAAGCAGACCCAGGUGCAUUUCUAUGCGAGUUUUAUGGAACAUAGUAUUUAGUCGAUAUAUUAAAGGAUGUGAGUAUUUAUGGAACGUGUUAAGAGUUCUUUUACGUGCAAACGAACGAGUACACGGGAGCUCGUGUUACUUCGCACCCUUACGACUAUACGUUGUUCUUGCCAGGCUGCAAACCAAUGGAAAAACUACAGCAACUUUCUGGGCCAACACCGGGAUCGAUCCACUGGUUAGUCAGCCAGAGUUGCUUCCCCAUUAAAACUAGAAGUGCAAUAUACAUGUAUAUGAUUGUGUAAAUGUUUAUUAUUGUAAGAUAUGUGUUUAUAUGAUGCUGUGAUAUGAAUGUUAUUGUGUCUUUUAAUUUUCAACCUAUUUUAGUUCACCAACAUGUAUCUAGAUCGAAUAAAAUUAUAAAAUCUUUA